UCACAAAAAAAACUUUUUCAGGCGGUCAAUAAUGAUUUGAUAAUCUCAUGUGUAGUGUCCAGUGAUGACGAGUUGGCGCAUGCCGCUCUGUUUCGAUGGAUGCUCGACAGGAACAAAGCGAAUAUGAUACUUCAAAGCAAAUCGCCGUAUGUGGAGCAGUUCCUAACUCACGAAAUCAGUGCCGGACGUGGUCAGCGAUAUCUUGAUUUGCUGUGGCGAUUCUACGAAAAAACGGGGCACUACGACAAAGCAGCCACUCUUCUCAGCCGACUGGCUGACAACGAGAAUGAUGAGAUCUCGUUGUCACAGCGGUUUGCCUACUUAUCGCAUGCCAUAAUAUGCGCCCAAGCAGCCACAGAUGCAAAAACAAAAGCCAUGGUGCAGGACCUCCGGGACAAGGUGGAAGUGGCUCAUAUACAAAUGGCUAUAAAGGAUUGUGUAGAUCUACAAACACCAAGCCAACAAAAUCUUGUGAAACUGCUCGAUGGCCCUAUUCUUCCGCUGCAUGAUCUUCUACAAAAGUUCGCGAGUCCACUCGGCUUGUACAAGGUACAAUUGGCCAUAUUCCACUGUGCAAAUCUUUAUAGCGAAGAGCCGAUAAUGGCUGUGUGGGAAAAUAUUCUGCAGUCUGAAUUCAAAUAUGAAGGCGAGGUACCCGAACGAUUACUGAGUACACUACAUGAUCUGCAUUCAAUUUAUGGGCAUACGAAGUAUUUCCCUCGAAACUAUAUUUUGCGGCGGUUGCUUGAGCUUGGCUCGGGUAUGACCGGACGAUUGAAAAGAGGUGUCCUGCCUGCAAGCUUCUACGUGUCAUUGAUAUCAAAAUUGAACCUCAGUUUCAUUGAAUUUAUAGAGCUUCUCUCAUCGGAAUACAGAGCGGGUGAUCCGUGGUGGACUCAGAAUGAAAGUGGUCAACGAUACAUUAUGGAAGUUGGUAUAGCUGUUGUUCAAGCAUUUCUCGAUAGUGGAACGAAGUACACGCCUAGUGAGAGAGCGAAAAUCGCUAGCAUGUGUGAUUCUUGUGUGUCGAUGUUUUCAUUGGACGCUAGAGCGGUCUCGUCCACCCAUCUCCUUCAACUCGAUCGUCACUUCUCAGCUCUCCACCUCCGACUUUCUGCCAUGUCAUCUUAG